AUGGAAGAAAUUCUGGCUGGAUGUGAGGGAACGGUAUGUUACUUAGAUGACAUAUACGUUGAAGGUGAGAACUUGGAGCAGCACAAUACUCGUUUAAAGGUAGUUUACGAACGACUCCAGAAGCGCGGAUUGAUUCUAAAUCAAGAGAAGUGUGUAAUAGGUGCUUCUGAAGUCCAAUUUAUUGGCCAUAUCAUUUCUCCUAGCGGUAUUCGUCCUUCACCGUCCAAGGUCGAGGCACUAAAAUCUUUCCGGCGACCAGUUAACGCUACCGAGGUGAAAAGUUUCCUAGGGCUUGCCAAUUACAUGAAUAAAUUCAUCAGUGAUUUGUCAACCCUAGAUGAACCAUUGCGAAGACUAACGGAGCAUUCAGUGAAAUUUGAAUGGACCAACGAACAACAAUCAUCUUUUGAGGCUAUCAAAAAUGCUCUGUCCGGUACAGCUUGUCUUGGAUACUACAACGUUAAUCAUCCAACAUCUGUUAUAGUAGACGCAAGCCCCAAUGCUCUAGGAGCUGUACUAGUGCAGACAAAUGAGAGCGAAGAACAUCGUGUUAUAUGCUACGCGUCGAAAUCGCUAACAAGGACAGAAAAGCGAUAUUGCCAAACGGAGAAAGAAGCGUUGGCUGCCGUUUGGGGAGUGGAGAGAUUUCAAAUGUAUCUCUUGGGAAAAAAGUUUUACUUGGUCACCGAUUGCGAAAAGAACGUUGCUGAUGUGCUUUCAAGAUUAUCGACUUUGGAACCCAAACCAUUCGAUUACUCCGAAGAGCUUUUCGUAAAUGAAAUUGCUAAUGCCGCUGCAAGCAAUGUCGCUAUAAGAUGGGAAGAGCUAGAACAUGUUUGUAGUCAAAAUGACGAAAUACAGGAUCUUCUUAAAAAAGUGGAGAAUGGUCGGUUAUUCGAGCUGCCAACAGAGUACCGAGUUAUCGCACAGGAGCUUUGUCGAGUCGUACCGAUGAGUCGCCGAGACUUACCAUCUGGACCAUGGCAGGACAUUGCCAUAGAUUUCAUGGGUCCAUUACCUGAAGGUCAAUUUUUGCUGGUAGUCGUAGACUACUACAGCAGAUAUUUCGAAGUAUGUGAGAUGACUAGUAUCACGGCGGAGUGCACGAUUUCGGAGCUCAGGACCAUCUUCUGUCGGUUUGGUAUUCCUGUCACAAUUACUGCAGACAACGCUCCUCAGCUGAGUGAAGAAUGUGAACUAUUCUCUCAGUUCUGCCACAGCCAUGGAAUUAAACUAAUUAACACCGUCCCAUACUGGCCGCAAAUGAAUGGGGAGGUUGAGCGGCAAAAUAGAACAAUACUUAAACGACUGCAAAUCUCUCAGGAAUUAGGACAAGACUGGCGAAUCGAACUUCAGAAAUUUCUACUUGUUUACCGGGCAUCAAAUCACUCUACAACUGGGCGCUCGCCUGCUGAAUUGAUGUUUGGGCGAAAGAUACGAACUAAACUGCCUCAACUCACGUAUACUUGUGUCGAUGAUGAUGACACUAGACACCGAGAUGCGGUGCAGAAGGAAAAAGGUAAACAAUACAGCGACAACAAACGACGUGCUAAGGUGGGAGACCUUGUUGUGGGCGAUAAGGUCUUUUUAAAAAGAAUGAAAAAAGAAAAUAAACUUAGCACUGAAUUUGUGAAUGAAGAAUUCGUGGUACUUAAAAAAUGUGGUGGGGAUGUAACCGUUAAAUCGUUAGUCAGCGGGAAAGAGUACAGAAGAAAUAUUGCUCAUAUGAAGAGGAUCGAAAAUUGCGAUACGGAAACAUUGGAGGAUGGAUUUUUGGACGCAGAAACAGUUGCUUCUCCCAAAUCUGAUUUGGCGGAUGAAUCAUCGGUCAUGCUGGAUAAUUCCCAUGCAUCUGCAGCUCAUGCGGCAAAGCGGAAACGCAAAGAACCGGCAUGGUUUGCCAAUUACAUGCCGCAUUUCAUUAAGAAAUCUUAG